GGAAAAUUUAAAACCUGCCCCCAAUUCCGGUAACAGAAGCCCAAACGAGCAGUGUUAGUGGGUAUUUAAGUCACGUUUAGAUUUUAUUUUGUUUUAAGUACCGUCGUAAAUUUAGUGUUUGGCUCCAGUUUUCAGCCAUGGCGUUCAUGGAAAUCCGCAGUAAGGUCCAAUUGGUAGAAAACCCUCCAACGAUGAGUAAGCCAUCUACAGUUGAGACGAGGCGACCUGCGCUUGUCGAACUAACUAACGUGCCCGCGGCAGAAGUCAACAUAAUGGUAAAGUCCAAACCUUUCUGCCUCCAGAGAAGGGUACAAGGAAAAGCACCUGGAAUUCUGAAAGUUCAAGCAGUGCAUCCACUUCCGGUUCGAGUACCAGCAGACCCACUUCCUUUGGGUUCCAAGGUUAGUUCCCAGACAUCUGCUGAUGUGUGCGCGAAGGAGGAGGAGGCACAGCUAUGCCAGUCUUUCUCCAACACCUUGCUCCAAGUGGAGGAUGUCGAUAAGCAAGAUGGUGACUUACCCCAGCUGUGUUCUGAGUUUGUUAAGGAUAUUUAUAGAUAUCUUCACAACCUGGAGGUGGAGCUGGCUGUACGUGCCAACUACAUGCAGGGUUAUGAAAUCACUGGGCGCAUGCGAGCGCUUCUUGUCGACUGGAUGGUCCAGGUUCAUUCCAGGUUCCAGCUGCUUCAAGAGACUUUGUAUCUCUCUGUUGCUGUCCUCGAUCGGUUUCUCCAGGUCCAGCCAGUUUCUCGCAGGAAGCUGCAGCUCGCCGGUGUGACUGCAAUGUUGGUUGCCUGCAAAUAUGAGGAGACAUAUCCUGUGGCAGUUAAUGACUUUGCACAUAUCACCGACAACGCGUUCACACGGACUCAGAUUUUGGAGAUGGAGCAACUUAUUCUGAGGAGCCUCAAAUUUCAGCUCGGACGUCCUCUUCCACUACAUUUCCUCAGGAGAGCUUCAAAAGUUGCUAAUUCAGACAUUGAAAGGCACACACUGGCCAAGUAUCUGAUGGAGUUGACACUCACGGACUACGAAAUGGUGCAUCAUCGACCUUCGGAAAUUGCUGCUGCAGCCCUGUGCCUCGCUCAGCUGCUCUUAAACAAUCUGCCUUGGUCAGCCACACAGGAACACUACUCUACAUACAGCGAGGCCCACCUGAAACCCAUAAUGUGGCAUAUGGCCAAAAAUGUUCAGAUGGUUAAUUGCGGAAAAACCAAGUUCCAGGCUGUCAGGAACAAGUUCUCAAGCAGCAAGUUGAUGAAGAUAAGCCUAAUUCCCCAGCUCAAGUCACCACUCAUCAGCAACAUGGCAACAGCUGCUCAAAACACUUGUUGAACCCUUCAGAAUUUUUCUGAAGCAAUUUGUUUUAAAUCUCAUAUUAAACUUUUUAUUUGGGUGGACAAUUUGAGGUUUUAAUUGGGAGUUGUUUGUUAUUUGUGUUUUAAUGCGUGACCUUGUACCUUAAAUAUAAAGACAACACCUACAGUAUUUCAUGUCCAUCUCAGCAGAUCGAAACCUGCUUAAUAAAUCGAAAAAUAACACAAUUUCAUUAUUCUGUUGUAUUACUAUUCUUCGCCCUGAUGAACUCUCCUAAGUAUCCUUGAGCAAGAUACUGAACCCCAUGUUGCUCCUGGUGCUGCGUCACCAGUAGGUGAAUAGUGAGAUAGUGUAAAGCGCUUUGAGCGCCUUGUUAGGUGGAAAAGCGCUAUAUAAGUAUAACACCAUUUACCAUUUACCAUAUAGGGAAGAAAAUAAUAAAAGCCAGUAUUUGCAGGAAGUGGCCAACUGGGGACUGCCGUUUUCUAAAUGCCGGUACAAUUUUAGCCAAUUAAAUGUAUGAUAGCUUCCUCAAAACGUCUUUAAUAAAUCAAUAAAUAAAUCAUAAAUCAAAUGCACAUGUGGUGGACCCUAUCUGAAUAUACUGUAUGUGCGUGGGUAUAACUGAAUUCACAAAAUGGCUACACACGUAAGUGGUGUCAUUUUUGGGUAUAAAUGUUAUUUUCUCCAUUAUCGGGUGUCUAAAACGUUCCCCAUCUGUAUACUUGAAAGCUCAAUCUGUUUUCUUUAUGGAUAUUAUUUUUGUUUUCUUGUGCAUUACUUUCAAGCAUUUCUUUUUCAUAAAAACGUUUCUGCCUGAUUCUGUCUUCAAAUCAGCUUUCUAAUUUUUGUUUGUCCUUUUUUUCCCUGCUUACAUUGUAACUGCUUGCUUUUAAAUCUUUGUACCGAGCCCCUUUUUAUGAUCAAAUGUACUAACUUUCCUUUUGUCUGAGCUAUCCACACUUGGUAAUUGUGACAAUG